GAGGAGCGGCACGUCUGAAGAGAGGCACCCACGAAGCGUCCCAACAUGAAGGGAAGAACGAGAAUUUUCCUCGGCGUUAUCAUAGCAGCGUAUUUCUCUGGCAUCGCUGCUCUGACGACAGAUUGUGAAAAUGCCACCGUGGCCGACAUCGUCUUCCUGGUGGACGGAUCCUCCAGCAUCGACAAGAAGAACUUCGUGAAGGUCAAAGGUUUUCUCAGAAGUGUCAUCAAGGACCUCAACAUCGGCUGGAAAAAGGUUCGUAUCGGCGUGGCUCAGCACAGCGAUGAAACUUACGAGGUGUUUCUGCUGAAGGAUCACGUGGAUAAGAGAUCCAUGAUGAUCGCAGUUGAAAACAUGGCCUACCAAGAAGGAGGCACAGAAACAGGCAAGGCCAUCGACUUCCUCCGGACGCAGUAUUUCACGGAGGAAGCCGGGAGCAGAGCCGGCCAAGGGGUGCCUCAGAUUGCUGUGGUUAUCACGGAUGGAGACUCCACGGACGAUGUGAUCGCACCCGCCCAGCGCCUGAGGCAGCAGGGAGUCAUCGUAUUUGGCAUCGGGGUGGGAGAAGCCAACCUGCAGCAGCUCGAGUCCAUCGCCAACCGGCCUCCAGAGCGCUUCCUGUCCUACAUCAGUAACUACGCGGCUCUGCAGACGCUGAAAGACAGUCUGCUGAAAACUGUGUGCAUCUCAGUGGAGGAUCAGAAGCAAGCAUUGACAGACAGGUUUGCAGAUAUCUUUUUCAUGCUGGACGGUAGCAUGGCUCCAGGAAUGGUCCCGGGGGUCAUAUCUAACUUGGUUGAAUUGAUCGAUCGUCUCAAUGCCUCAGCGUCCACCUACCGUAUUGGUUUGGCCCAGUACGGUGAAGAUACCAAGGUCGAAUUCUCCCUUGAGAAAUUUAAAAACAAACAGAAAACCAUCGAAACUGUCAAGCGUUUCCGCCUGCGCCCAAAAACCAACAAACCAGCUGACCUGGGCGGUGCCCUGAUCAACGCCAACACUCACCUUUUUACCAGUGAGGCUGGGGGCCGUGCGCAUCAAGGCUCCCGACAGUAUCUGGUUGUUAUGAGUGCAAAAGACUCCAAACGCUCCGUGUAUAGGGACGCUGAAUUGAUCAAAUCAUCGGGGGUAACUCUUAUAGGAAUGAGUGCAGGUGCAAGUAUGGAAUCAAUCGAAUCAUUUGCCAGUACUGACUAUGCAUAUAAUACUUCAAACGUGUUAAUUUUGGAGGAUGUCAUCUUGACUGAGAAAAAGGAGAACAUUACUGAAGAUUGCAAAGGAGCAAAGGUGGCAGACAUUGUGUUCAUCGUUGACGAGUCGGGAAGCAUUGGAAAUGAAAACUUUCGGCUCAUGCGCAAAUUCCUGCACUUGAUCGUGAGCAGCUUGGAUGUAAGUCCGAAUAGAGUCAGAGUGGGCAUUGUCACGUACAACGAUGUCUCCACACCACAGGUCUUCCUCAACUCAUUCAACGACACGGACGAAUUGCUUGAGUACAUUAAGAUCCUGCCUUACAAUGGAGGUGGUACGAAGACUGGAGAGGCCCUGAAUUUUACUCGGGAAAACGUCUUUGUUAAAGAGAAGGGCUGCAGGAAAGAAAACGGUGUCCAACAGGUGGCGGUGGUCAUCACUGAUGGUGAAUCCCAGGAUGAAGUGAGCGAAGCAGCAAUUACUCUGCGUCGAGCCGGUGUUACCAUUUACGCUGUAGGAAUAAAAGAUGCCAUCGAGAGCGAACUGUUGGAAAUGGCUUCACACCCUCCUGAUCAGCACGUUUUUACCCGGGAAAGUUUCACCGAGCUGACGCACCUGAAGCAGACCCUGCAGAAAAUCCUGUGCAAAAACAUCAUUGCCAAAGCAGUCCCAAGGAAAACAGAAACCAAAGAAGGUUUGAAACAGUUUUUUGUUUAUUGUGAAAAUGCCACCGUGGCCGACAUCGUCUUCCUGGUGGACGGAUCCUCCAGCAUCGACAAGAAGAACUUCGUGAAGGUCAAAGGUUUUCUCAGAAGUGUCAUCAAGGACCUCAACAUCGGCUGGAAAAAGGUUCGUAUCGGCGUGGCUCAGCACAGCGAUGAAACUUACGAGGUUUUCCUGCUGAAGGAUCACGUGGAUAAGAGAUCCAUGAUGAUCGCAGUUGAAAACAUGGCCUACCAAGAAGGAGGCACAGAAACAGGCAAGGCCAUCGACUUCCUCCGGACGCAGUAUUUCACGGAGGAAGCCGGGAGCAGAGCCGGCCAAGGGGUGCCUCAGAUUGCUGUGGUUAUCACGGAUGGAGACUCCACGGACGAUGUGAUCGCACCCCGCCCAGCGCCUGAGGCAGCAGGGAGUCAUCGUAUUGGCAUAGGGGUGGGAGAAGCCAACCUGCAGCAGCUCGAGUCCAUCGCCAACCGGCCUCCAGAGCGCUUCCUGUCCUACAUCAGUAACUACGCGGCUCUGCAGACGCUGAAAGACAGUCUGCUGAAAACUGUGUGCAUCUCAGUGGAGGAUCAGAAGCAAGCAUUGACAGACAGGUUUGCAGAUAUCUUUUUCAUGCUGGACGCCGGUGUUAACCAUUUACGCUUCGACCAGAUUUAUUUGAUGUCUUCCAGACUAUCGAAUCGUCUCAAUGCCUCAGCGUCCACCUACCGUAUUGGUUUGGCCCAGUACGGUGAAGAUACCAAGGUCGAAUUCUCCCUUGAGAAAUUUAAAAACAAACAGAAAACCAUCGAAACUGUCAAGCGUUUCCGCCUGCGCCCAAAAACCAACAAACCAGCUGACCUGGGCGGUGCCCUGAUCAACGCCAACACUCACCUUUUUACCAGUGAGGCUGGGGGCCGUGCGCAUCAAGGCUCCCGACAGUAUCUGGUUGUUAUGAGUGCAAAAGACUCCAAACGCUCCGUGUAUAGGGACGCUGAAUUGAUCAAAUCAUCGGGGGUAACUCUUAUAGGAAUGAGUGCAGGUGCAAGUAUGGAAUCAAUCGAAUCAUUUGCCAGUACUGACUAUGCAUAUAAUACUUCAAACGUGUUAAUUUUGAAGGAUGUCAUCUUGACUGAGAAAAAGGAGAACAUUACUGAAGAUUGCAAAGGAGCAAAGGUGGCAGACAUCGUGUUCAUCGUUGACGAGUCGGGAAGCAUUGGAAAUGAAAACUUUCGGCUCAUGCGCAAAUUCCUGCACUUGAUCGUGAGCAGCUUGGAUGUAAGUCCGAAUAGAGUCAGAGUGGGCAUUGUCACGUACAACGAUGUCUCCACACCACAGGUCUUCCUCAACUCAUUCAACGACCGGACCGAAUUGCUUGAGUACAUUAAGAUCCUGCCUUACAAUGGAGGUGGUACGAAGACUGGAGAGGCCCUGAAUUUUACUCGGGAAAACGUCUUUGUUAAAGAGAAGGGCUGCAGGAAAGAAAACGGUGUCCAACAGGUGGCGGUGGUCAUCACUGAUGGUGAAUCCCAGGAUGAAGUGAGCGAAGCAGCAAUUACUCUGCGUCGAGCCGGUGUUACCAUUUACGCUGUAGGAAUAAAAGAUGCCAUCGAGAGCGAACUGUUGGAAAUGGCUUCACACCCUCCUGAUCAGCACGUUUUUUACCCGGAAAGUUUCACCGAGCUGACGCACCUGAAGCAGACCCUGCAGAAAAUCCUGUGCAAAAACAUCAUUGCCAAAGCAGUCCCAAGGAAAACAGAAACCAAAGAAGUUUGUGUAAAAACGGAUGAAGCAGACAUCUUCUUCCUUAUGGAUGACUCAGGAAGCAUUACAUGGCAAGACUUCAAAGACAUGCAGAACUUCCUCAACAAGUUUAUAGAACACUUCCAAAUUGGACCACAACAAGUCCGCAUUGGGCUUGUGAAAUAUGCUGAUUCCCCAACUGAUGAAUUUGAUCUGACAAACCACUCCGAUACAAAGUCAUUGGUGAAGGCCAUCAACAGUAUACAUCACGCAGGAGGUGGGACGGAGACAGGAAAAGCACUUUCACACUUGGGCAGACUCUUUAAGAGAGCGGCGGACACGCGUGAUCAUGAAGCCCCAAAGUACCUGAUUGUCCUCACAGAUGGAAAGUCCACUGAUGAGGUGGAGGCUCCUGCAAAAGAACUGAGGGACCAGGGAAUCAUUAUCUACGCCAUUGGGGUGAAAGAUUCAUCCCAAACUCAGCUAGAAGAGAUUGCAGGAGACCCCAAGAGGACUAUCUCCGUCAGAAAUUUUGAUACCUUGAAAUCCAUCAACAAUGACAUCAUCAGAGAAAUCUGUUCUGAAGACGCCUGCAGAGACAUACAGGGCGAUCUUUUCCUCACUGACAGCUCCGAGAGCAUCGAAGAGGUUGAGUUUCAGAAAAUGAAACACUUCAUGAAAUCUGUCAUCAGCAAGUCGGCCAUCGGGGAGAACAAGGUGCACGUCGGUGUCAUGCAGUUCAGUACCAGCUACAAUCUGGAGAUUCCCCUCAACCAAUACUACAGCAAAGUUAACAUUUCGAAAGCCAUUGAUGAUAUGAAGCAGAUGAAUGCAGGUACGAGCACAGGAAAGGCCAUCACAGAGGUUUCAAGGUAUUUCGAAGUGGCCAGAGGAGGGCGUCCUGGCAUGAGGCAGAAUCUGAUAGUGAUUACAGACGGCAAGGCACAAGAUGAGGUCAGGGGUCCCGCUGAGGCUCUGAGGAAAAAGGGAGUGGUGAUCUACUCCAUCGGAGUGAAGAAUCACAACCGCACCCAGCUGAUGGAGAUCAGCGGUCAUUCUGACAGGGUUUAUUCUGAGAAGGACUUUGAUGCGCUGAAGGACUUGGAAGCCCAGGUUUCCUCAAAGAUUUGCGAGAGAGAAUGUAAAAUGGAAACAGCCGACAUUAUUUUCCUGGUGGACAGCUCCAGAAUAUCUCAAAUACAGUAUGAAAGCAUGCGGAAGUUUAUGGCAUCAAUAGUGAACCAAACCAAAGUUGGCACCAGCCUGACUCGUUUCGGGCUUAUUUCCUACUCAGAUGAACCCCGGACUCAUUUUAAACUGAACGCCUACGACUCCAAACGUAAUGUUCUUGCAGCGAUACCAACUGUGAAGCCAGAAGGAGGAGGCACCUACACAGACAAAGCCUUGAGCUACUCUCUAGAGUACUUUAAUGCCGAACAUGGAGGCCGGGAGGUGCCUCAGAUUCUCAUAGUGAUCACAGACGGAGCUGCGAACAUACCUUCAAACCUAAAGGGUCCGGCUGAUAAACUGCGAGAACACGGGGUCACCGUCAUCAGUGUCGGAGUGAAAGAAGCAGAUCGAAAUCAGCUGUUGACCAUUGCUGGCAACAACGGCAGCAGUUUCUUUGUGGACAAUUUUGAGGCCCUAGAAACUCUGCACAACGAUAUGUCUUCUGUCCUUUGCAAUGCCACAAAACAAGGAUGUAAGGGAAAGAAGGCCGACCUGAUCUUCCUACUCGAUCGGUCAAGCAGCAUUAAUUUAGAAGAGCACGACAUGAUAAAAAACUUCACGGUAAGCCUAGUGAACAGCUUUAUCAUCAGUGAAAACUGGGUGCGUAUUGGACUCGCACAGUUCAGCGAUGAGCCUCAGGACGAGUUUGACCUCAACAGGUACUUCAAGAAGGAGGAUUUGAUCGGGCACAUCCAAAACUUGAAAUACACUGGUGGAAACACAUUCCUCGGAAAAGCCUUGGAUAACAUAAGCAAAUACUUUGACGACAGUCGUGGGGUCCCGAAGAAUCUGGUGUUGAUCUCAGAUGGCGACUCGCAUGAUGACGUGGAGGAUGCAGCUGACUAUCUCAGGAUACAUAACAUUUCGGUGUUUGCCAUCGGCCGUUGGUCCAGGUCCAGAUCCAACCCCAACCCCACCCACACCUUCACCACCGCCCCCCUCCCACACCCCCUCGCCCCCAAAGCAGGUAAAUACAUGUUUCCCUUUGCUACAGACUGCAGCAUCGAUAUCGCCAUGGGAUUCGAUAUUUCUCAGAGAACAGCAGGGGAGAAGCUGGUCAGCGGUCACACCCAUGCUCCUGAGUUCCUGCCGGAAAUCGCCAGUUCCGUGUCUUCGGUGAAAACCCUUUGCUGCGUCGGUCCAGAUCCUAUACAGCCCAAGAUUGCUUUCCAAGUGCUGGAUAGUGACGGGCGUUCCUUGUACGACACAGACUUUGAAGCCUACAGCAAGGAAGUGGUGGACAAAGUCAUGGAAGUGCAAAUGUCAGGGCCUACUUACUUCAAGACGGCCAUGCUGAACUCCUUCAAGCAGAGGUUCUUGGACAAGUCCAAAGCUGAUGUGAAGGUGCUGGUGAUCUUCUCAGACGGACUCGAUGAAGACGUGAUGAAACUGGAGCAUGAAGCAGAGCUGCUGCGUCAGUCUGGGGUCAGCGCUCUGUUCACCGUGGCCCUGGAGGGGACCCGCGACCCCGCCCAGCUGCAGAUGGUGGAGUUCGGAAGAGGGUUCGAGCACAAACUCCCUCUGAGCAUCGGCAUGCCGAGCGUGGGCAGCACCAUCCUCAAACAGAUCGACACGUUGUCGGACAGGAAGUGCUGCAACGUCAUGUGCAAAUGUUUGGGAUACGAAGGCAUCCGUGGUUCUCGCGGCACCCUGGGGUCAAAGGGCGAGCCGGGGCUGAGGGGUCAUCCGGGAUUCCCGGGGGAGGAAGGCCACUCCGGGGGGGGCGGGCCUCCUGGACCCAGCGGACCUCAGGGCCUCCAGGUCUGUCCUGGAGUCAGAGGACAGAAGGGCUACCGAGGCGUCUCCGGGAACCACGGCGGAGACGGAGACGUCGGACUGGACGGAGUCUAUGGAGAACAGGGACUGGCAGGAUCUGAUGGAGCUCAAGGAGAAAGAGGAGACUCAGGAAACCCAGGUAUCCCGGGCAUCAGAGGUGAGGCGGGGGUGGCAGGACAGCGAGGACUGAGAGGAGAUCCGGCGGAGCCCGGCGUUGAUAACACCAGCCCUGGAGCCAAAGGAAACCCUGGGAACCCCGGACCCCCGGGUUUAUCCGGAGUGGACGCAGAACCAGGCGGUGCAGGAGACGUUGGAUUCAAGGGUGCCGAUGGGAGAAGAGGCUAUGUGGGGGAGAAGGGUUCACCUGGAGGGCCUGGGGUUCGAGGAACUGAGGGCAACCCCGGUGCUUCAGGUCCACAGGGCCUCAGAGGCGGAGAAGGUGAACAAGGAGAGGAAGGGACCUCUGGCUCCUCCGGACCUCAGGGGGGGGCGGGACCAGCUGGAGGCCCGGGGCUAUCCGGACGCCGCGGCGCUACUGGACAGAAGGGCCAACCAGGGGAGCUGGGGGGUGAGGGGGACCCAGGGUCACCAGGACCCCAAGGACUGCCGGGUCAGGAUGGGAGAGACGGGUAUGGACCUCCAGGACCAAACGGUGCAGAGGCUGCCGAUGGGAGAAGAGGCUAUGUGGGGGAGAAGGGAGAGGACGGCCGGCAGGGAACUAAAGGGUUCAACGGGACGAGAGGGAACCGAGGGCGAGGGGGGAGCUCAGGCGGGUCGGGAGGACCAGGAACGCCUGGAGAUCCGGGACAUCCAGGACACCGGGGUCCCAAGGGUCCUCCAGGACUCAGAGUCAAGACUGAGUGUCAGCUGAUCUCCCUCAUCAGAGACAACUGUGAAUGUCAUCAAGGGGCCUCUUCGUGCCCGGCCUUCCCCACGGAGCUGGUUCUGGGGCUGGACAUGUCGGAGGACGUGACCCCGGUGGCCUUCGAGCGGCAGCGCUCUGCCCUGCUGUCUCUGCUGGAGGACGUCUCCGUCUCCGAGAGCAACUGUCCGGCGGGGGCCCGGGUGGCCGUGGUGGGAUUCAGCGCCCACACCAAGUACCUGAUCCGCUUCCAGGACUACCGGACCAAGACGCAGCUGCUGGAGCUGCUGAGGAACGUGGCCCUGGAGACAACGUCCAGCCGGCGCCAGCUGGGGGCCGCCAUGCGUUUCGUGGGGCAGCACGUCUUCAAGCGUGUAAGAGCGGGGGUGAUGAUGAGGAAGGUGGCCAUCUUCCUCUCCAGCGGGCCGUCGCAGGACGUGGAGGACAUCGUCACCGCCACCAUGGAGUACCGCGGCCUCAACAUCGUCCCCGCCGUCAUCUCGCUGAAGAACGAUCCCGACGUCGCCAAGGCUCUGGAGGUGGACGACUCCGGAUCCUCCAUGUUCACGGUGCUGAGGAGGACCGCUGACCUGAUGAAGGUCAAGAACUGUGCCAUCUGUUACGACCCGUGCCAGCGCUCGCAGCAGUGCUCCUUCAUCCUGGACCCGCUGCCGCCUCAGGAGGCGGAUGUGGACCUGGUUCUGGUUCUGGACAGCUCCAGGGAGGUGCAGGCUGACGAGUAUGCCGGCAUGCAGCAGCUGCUGGGCUCCGUGGUGGAGCAGCUGGCCGUGAGCCCCACCCCCCGCAGGGCCGGAUCAGGGGCCCGGGUGGCCCUCAUCCAGCAGAGCGGCUUCCGGGCCCCCAAGGUGGAGUUUGGGUUCGGGACCUUCCAGACCUCCGGCCAGAUGAAGAGGCACCUGAUGAACAUGACGCAGCAGGGCGGCUCCUCUGCGCUGGGCUUCACUCUGGACUCGGCCCUGACGGAGCUGCUCCUGAAGGCAGCGCAGCCCCGCAGCAGGAGGGUGGUGCUGACCCUGGUGGGAACCAGCACGGCCCCCCAGGACCGGGCCCAGCUCAGCUACGUCUCCCAGAAGGCCCAGUGUGAGGGGGUGGCGCAGUUCGUGGUGACGGUGGGCGAGCGCUACGACCGCAGGCAGGUGGAGGAGGUGGCGGGGGGGCCACUCCUGCAGCACCUCAUCCACCUGGACCGACUGAAGGCCGAGGAGCAGAGCUACACCCAGCGCUUCUUCAGGGUCUUCCUCUCCGCGCUCAGCAAGGGAGUGAUCAAGUAUUCUCCUCCGUCUCUAAGCUGCAGUGAACUGAGAGACCCAGCAGAAACACAGCAGAUCAACGGUCUGGGCGAGAAGUUUGAGGAUCGGACGGGAGGACGGACUGAGAGCCGUGGAGACGAGGUGAUUCUCCUCGCUGGAGCUGAGAGCAUAGACGUCUGUCUCCUCUGGAAGGACCCCGGCCCCUGUAAGGACUUCAAAGUGAAGUGGUUCUUCAACAGCAAGCAGAGGAGAUGCUCUCGCUUCAAGUACGGAGGCUGCCACGGCAACGCAAACCGCUUCGACAUGCAGACCGACUGUGAGAAACUGUGUGUGACGUCGGAGGAAGAGGUGAGAGGAAGAGGAAGAGGUGAGAGGAAGAGGAGAGGGAGAGCGCAGGACACGAUGAAGAAAUCCACCGUGACUCAGGAAUAUCUUUAGCCUGCUAAAAACUGCUCCAGUUCUCAUCAGGAUUUUGAGAUUUUGUCUUCAACAUUGGUGUUGCUCGAACACCUUUGGAGCUCUCUGAAAACAGUCAGAAUUCAGAGACUUUCAAGGACAAAAUAAGACCAUUUACAUGCACUCAAACCUGCCAGAGGAAGAUCUUUAAAUGAUGUGCUGGCGCCCCCUGCUGCUGGAAGUGAGGAACCAAUCAGUGUAAUCUGAGUACUGUAUUUAACCAUUUAUAAGAAUAAAACCUCGAACAUAAGGCUGGAUUUGAUACUUUAUCACCAUAACCUGAAACCUUCUGGAUCCUCAAACUUUUGGAAUAAAAGUCCUUGUCUGUUGAA